AUGACAGGGUCCUCGUCUCAAUUCCAGCAGCUCGAGAAGCUCGGUGAGGGUACUUAUGCCACCGUUUACAAGGGCAGAAACAGGGCCACAGGUGCGCUAGUUGCCUUAAAGGAGAUUAGUUUGGACUCAGAGGAGGGAACGCCGUCCACUGCUAUUAGAGAAAUCUCUCUUAUGAAGGAAUUGGAGUAUGAAAAUAUUGUUACGUUGUAUGAUGUGAUUCAUACCGAAAACAAGUUGACGCUUGUCUUCGAGUACAUGGACAAGGACUUGAAGAAGUACAUGGAGACCCAUGGCACGAACGGUGCGUUGGACUUGAAAAUCGUUAAGCUGUUCAUGUUCCAAUUACUCAAGGGUAUCAUGUUCUGCCACGACAACUCGGUCUUACAUCGUGACUUGAAGCCUCAGAAUCUUUUGAUUAACCAGAAGGGCGAGUUGAAAAUCGGUGAUUUUGGUUUGGCUCGUGCGUUUGGAAUUCCUUUCAACACUUUCUCCAAUGAGGUCGUGACUUUAUGGUACAGAGCUCCUGACGUCUUGCUAGGAUCUAGAGCUUACACUACUUCCAUUGACAUUUGGUCGGCCGGUUGUAUUUUCGCUGAGAUGUGUACUGGUAAGCCACUCUUCCCUGGUACAGCCAACGACGACCAGCUCAAUAAAAUCUUCAGGUUGAUGGGUACUCCUAACGAAAGAACUUGGCCUGGUGUUUCACAAUAUCCUAACUUCAAGAACAAUUGGCAGAUUUGUGUCCCUCAAGACUUGCGCUUAAUCGUGCCUAACUUGGAUCCAAUGGGAUUGAAUUUGUUGACUUCAUUACUACAGAUGCGCCCUGAGGCACGUAUUACAGCCAGGCAAGCCUUGCAACACCCAUGGUUCCACGAGAUUGCCAAUCCAACACCUAAUCCAAUGAUGCAGCCUAUGGCUGAUCCAUACCAGCACCAGCAGCAACAGCAGCAGCCACAACAAUAG